CAGUUGCCUAUAGUCACCCAUAGUAAUUUUGUCAAAAAAGCUCAGUUGAUGAUUACAUUACAUGAUUACAUGCAAGUAAAUACAUAAAUCUAGUGCGGCUUUAUAACAUAUCUUAAACAUAAGUACAAUAUAUACAUAACAGUAUUUACACUUUACAUACCGCUAAAAUAUUAGAAAUAUCCCUGAUUAAAAAUGUCUGCAGACAGUGAUUUAGACAUCAAAGUUAAAAAAUCAACUGAAAGAAUUUCUGAAAACAUGCAUAUUGUGGCUAAUGAACCAUCUUUGGCAUUCUAUAGACUACAAGAACAUGUUCGCAAGGCACUCAAUCCAAUGGUAGACAGAAAAAUGGAAGUGCAAAAGUUGCAUACUGAACUAGUUGGUAGAAUCUAUGACAUGGAAUAUGCCAUCAGUGCUGUUAAAUCAAUUGAGGAAAUGGAGAAGACAUACAAGAGCAUUCAAGACAACCUCAAGAGUUGUAUCUUCCUCAGACAACAAUUAAAAUACGAGGAAUCUCGCAAGAAAAAACCUGAAACCAACUCAAUGUACAAGAGGCUCUCAGCCCACAUCACCAUUGACUUGCCAGAGAUCACCUCUGACAUGGCAGAUGUAAUGCGUGAGACCGCCAAUCGCGUCGAGCACAUCAUCUCUAAAUCGACACAUACCAACAGCAACAAUCAAUAGGCUAAGAAUAGCUUAACGCCCUUUUAAUUAAUUUAAUUCUAAGUUCCAUGCUGUGAUUUUAUGUUAAUAUGGUAGUAUACCUUAUAAACGCGUUUCAAGCUUACGAAUAUAGCCAUCUAUAAUCUAAAAA